CGGCGCCGCGACGCGACGCGCGCGACGACGCGCCGCGAGGGCGACGUAAAAAACUCCCUCGACGGCUCGGACGCGCGAAAGCGGCGAAACGACGCGCGCGACGACGCGAGCGACGGUGAAACGAGCGCGCGCGGGAAUUUCGAACGAUCGCGACGGACGGUGAUUCCGCGCGAUGACGACGACGCUGGACGUCGACAGCGUCAUCGAACGGUUGCUGAGCGUGCGAGGACAACCGAAUAAUCGAACGGUGCAGCUCGCGGAGGGAGAGAUCAGGGCGCUGUGCGCGGCGGCGAGAGAAAUUUUCCUGGCGCAGCCGUGCUUGUUGGAGCUCGAGGCGCCGUUGAAGAUUUGUGGUGACGUUCACGGACAGUACUCAGACUUGUUGCGAUUGUUCGAGUACGGUGGGUUUCCGCCGGAGGCGAACUAUCUGUUCUUGGGGGAUUACGUCGAUCGCGGCAAGCAAGGCUUGGAGGUGAUUUGUUUGCUCCUGGCGUACAAGGUGAAGUACCCGGAAAACUUUUUCCUACUCAGAGGUAACCACGAGUGCAACUCGAUCAGUCGGAUUUACGGGUUCUACGACGAGUGCAAGAGGCGCUACAACAUAAAGCUGUGGCGCGUGUUUUGCGACGUCUUUAACUGUCUGCCGUUCGCCGCCAUCGUGGAUGAGAAGAUCUUUUGCAUUCACGGUGGACCGAGCCCGGAGUUGAAGGACUUGCAGCAGAUAGUUCAAAUCAAGCGGCCGACGGAUAUUCCCGACAUGGGAAUGCUUUGUGACUUUUUAUGGAGCGAUCCGGAUGCGGAUAUACAAGGCUGGGGCGAAAACGACCGCGGCGUGUCGUACACUUACGGUACCGACGUCGUCGGCGAUUUCCUCCACAAGUUUGAUUUUGACUUAGUUGUUAGAGCACAUCAGGUGGUUGAGAACGGUUACGAGUUUUUCGGAAAGCGUCAACUCGUCACGGUGUUCUCGGCGCCGAAUUACUGCGGGGAGUUUGACAACGCCGGCGCGAUGAUGACGGUGGAUGAAAACUUAAUGUGCAGCUUCCAGAUAUUAAAGCCUGCGGAGCGCAAACUCAUGGGUGGUUUUGGGAGUAUGAUGGGCGCGCGUCCUUCCACGCCUCCUCGAACAGGCGGCGCGAAGACGUAAGCCUGGUUUGACAAAUUUCGCGAGGCGACGAGAGAUUGGGUGUCGGUAUUGGAAGAAAGUUUAGCUCGAACUUAUGU